AUGUUUACCGAAAUUAAACGUAAAAGUCAAAAUAAUAUGCAAAAAGAUUUUGAUCAUGAAGAAUCUGAAUCUUCUAAUUCAAACAGCUCAGAUAAUAAGAUUGACGAUUCUAAAGAAUACGAUUCGAGUUCUAGCGAAAAGAAUGUUAAUAAAGAAAGCUUCAAAAAUAAUACUUCAUCUAUUUUAUGUACAAACAAAAAUAUUUCUAAAGGAAAUAAAUGUCAAAAUCAAUCGUCAAAUGUUAGCAGAUAUAAUGAUGGAAUUACAGCACGUUCUGACAAUUCGUCAAAAAAUAUGCAAAAUAUUGAUCUUGAAUAUGACCGAGACACUGCCGUGUCUCCUAAUAUGAAUCGAUGUUCAUCACCAAGAUUGGAAGUAGGUGCAAGAACACUGUCUGAAGAAUAAUUUCAAAAAUAUAUAGUAGAACGAAUGG